GUUGCCGCCCGGCGCCGCCGCCGAGCGCGGGCGAAAGUUGCGCUCCGGGAGCGCGGCGGGGGCGGCCGGACCGCGCUCCCUGCUCACCGCCGGCUCCUCAUCCCCGGCCCGCUGCUCAGCCCGCUCCCGGCAGCCGCUCCGAUGCGGCGGAAGCAGAAGCGGCUGCUGCAGGCGGUGGGGCUGGCGCUGGCCGCCCUCGUCUUCUUGCCCAACGUGGGGCUCUGGUCCCUGUACCGCGAGCGGCAGCUGGAGGGCGGCGGCGCGGCCGGCGGGGACGGGGCGGCCGCCGCGGGGGCAGCGGCGGGCGAGGCGCCGGCAUCCUAUGUGAGGCAAAAGAAAGACCCUUACUUUGCUGAUGGACAAAGGAAAAAAGACUGGCAUAACAAAGAAGCCAUAAGGAGGGACUCUGAGCGUGUAGGAAAUGGAGAACAGGGAAAACCUUACCCAAUGACUGACGCAGAGCGAGUGGACCAGGCGUACAGGGAAAAUGGCUUUAAUAUCUUUGUGAGUGAUAAAAUUUCUCUGAAUCGUUCCCUUCCAGACAUCAGGCAUCCAAACUGCAAGAACAAGCUGUACCUGGAGAAGCUCCCAAACACCAGUGUGAUCAUCCCGUUCCACAACGAAGGAUGGUCGUCCCUGCUGCGGACGGUGCACAGCGUCCUGAACCGCUCCCCGCCCGAGCUGGUGGCAGAGGUCGUGCUGGUGGAUGACUUCAGUGACAGAGAGCACCUGAAGAAGCGCCUGGAGGAUUACAUGGCGCAGUUCCCCAGGGUGCGGAUCCUGCGGACCAAGAAGAGGGAAGGGCUGAUCAGGACCCGCAUGCUGGGGGCCUCGGUGGCCAUCGGGGACGUCAUCACCUUCCUGGAUUCCCACUGCGAGGCCAACGUCAACUGGCUGCCACCUCUGCUGGAUCGCAUUGCCCGAAACCGCAAGACUAUCGUUUGCCCAAUGAUUGAUGUCAUUGACCACGACCACUUUGGAUAUGAGACUCAGGCUGGAGACGCAAUGCGAGGGGCAUUUGACUGGGAGAUGUAUUACAAGAGGAUCCCCAUUCCUCCUGAGUUACAGAAACCUGAUCCCAGUGAUCCCUUUGAGUCUCCUGUAAUGGCUGGAGGACUGUUUGCAGUCGAUAGAAAGUGGUUCUGGGAGCUGGGAGGGUAUGAUGCAGGUCUGGAGAUAUGGGGAGGAGAGCAGUAUGAAAUAUCCUUUAAGGUAUGGAUGUGUGGAGGUCGCAUGGAGGACAUCCCUUGCUCUAGAGUUGGUCAUAUCUACAGGAAAUAUGUUCCAUACAAGGUUCCCACAGGAGUCAGCUUGGCAAGAAACCUGAAGAGGGUGGCUGAGGUGUGGAUGGAUGAAUAUGCAGAAUACAUUUACCAGCGCCGACCCGAGUACCGGCACCUCUCCGCGGGCGACGUCGCCGCUCAGAAGGAGCUUCGCAACAACCUCAACUGCAAAAGCUUCAAGUGGUUCAUGAACGAGGUUGCCUGGGACUUGCCAAAGUUCUACCCACCAGUGGAGCCUCCAGCAGCUGCCUGGGGAGAGAUACGCAAUGUGGGAACUGGACUGUGUGUGGAUACUAAGCAUGGAGCCCUGGGAUCCCCACUGAGGCUGGAAAACUGUGUGAAGGACAGAGGAGAGGCAGCAUGGAACAACGUGCAGGUGUUCACCUUCAGCUGGAGAGAGGACAUCCGUCCAGGGGAUCCUCAGCACACCAAGAAGUUUUGCUUUGAUGCCAUUUCCCACAGCAGCCCUGUGACCCUCUAUGACUGCCAUGGGAUGAAGGGGAACCAGCUCUGGAGAUACCGAAAAGACAAGACCCUCUACCACCCAGUCAGCAGCAGCUGUAUGGACUGCAGUGAGAGUGAUCGAAAGAUCUUUAUGAAUAGCUGCAAUCCUUCAUCUCCAACACAGCAGUGGAUAUUUGAACACACAAAUUCAACCAUCUUGGAAAAAUUUAACAGAAACCUUGAUCUUUAAAAGACUGAGAGAAAAUAUAUAUAUUUUACAAUUAUAGUUUUUACUGGGGAGGGUUAAAAGAAAUUUUUUUAAUACUUUUUUUUAAACACUUAAUGAAGGCAAAAGGGAGAAUCUCAGGAGAAGGUUAAUUAGCAGGCCAGUCUUUAUUGUGAAGAUGCUGCAUCCUUCUCUUCUGGGGAUGGUGGAAUUUUAAAGGCUUUGCCAGAGCCACUUCUCUGCUGAGACUGAACAGAAACUCUGUUUUUAGAGGAGUCUGAAUGUGUUUCAAAUGGUUUUUUUUUUUCCCCGUUUUUGUUUUAUUUCCCAUUGCAGUCUGGUGUUAAAUGAUUUUGUUAUCCAGGACCCUGCAGGACUUUUUGUAGCUGCUAUACCACCCACUGAAGCGUUCCCACAUAGGUGCUUUAUCUUCCAAACUCCAUAUAAGUAAAAUACUGAAGAAAAGAUUUAAGUCUCCAAUCAAAAAAAAAAAAAGGAAAAAAAAAAAAGAAAAAAAAAAGCCCAUUAUUGUAAAAUGAAAUGAGUAUUUUUUUGCCCUGAACCAAAUAUAUUUCAAACAGGUUGAGUAUUAUUACUUUCCAAAUCAUAGGGCUGAUGAAGGAAUGAGCUCUAGUGGAAGUGCAGCCAAGUGUUGGGAAUAUGGCUGUUGUUAUUAGCCAUGAGGAAUCUGGGUUUCUGGUCCAUUCACUUUGCAGUCAGUUUGUCACUCACUGUUGAAUCUUCAAGGUGAAAGAUUAGCAGAGGGUUUUUAAAUAAUCGCAGUUCUUACAGGUGAAGACUUUAUGCUAAGAGCCUUUGGAUAUCAGGUUCCAAAUUUGCCUCUUAUAACCUUUUUAGCACAGACAUCUCCAGGAUUUCUCAGAGUUAAAUCUACUGUGUGAAGAUAAUUUCCAUUCUUCCUUUAGAGGUUUGAAGGCUAAGUUAAUUUACAGUUGGUGUGAGCAGAUUAAUUCAGGAUAAUAAAGUCAGGGCUGAGAUUAGCCAUUGGUCUUUAUCCAUUUGUUCAUCAGUCUGUAGUUUCUUGAGUCAUGUGGUCAGUGGUGUUCUAGCCUUGUGGAAACGUGCUAUUAAUCUCUCCUCAUUUCCCAGCACCCACUGUGCAGUUCACUGUGACUGGAAAUCUGUUUGCUUUAGCAGAGAUGUGGGACUGAUGAACCCAUUUUCCUGGUUCAGUCUCCAUUGUGCAGUGAGUGAGCAGUGCAAGGUGUUACCCCUUCUGGUUUGUCUGUGGGAUCUGCCAGACAGUGAACCAGGAUUGUCUCAUCCCAGCAGCUGGAAUGUACUGACACUAAAGAAUGAAUGGAGGACCACUGGUUCAAGUCUAUCUGAAGCAAGUAUUUUUUAAAAAUCUGGUUUAAAAUGAAGUUAUUGCAAAAACACAUGUACUAGUUCCCCUGACUUAGUCUUGUACUGAAGGGAGGAGCAGUGUCAUUUUCUGGUAAAAGCUGUGAAUAGGGAUGCAGUGAACCAGUGAACAGAUGCUGUGAAAAUUAGUAAACAGGAUUCCUUUGUCAGGAAUUGCCCAGCUCCUUGGUUUGUCUAGCUGCCCAUGCAGGGGUGUUGCAAGAGCAGGUAGUGUGCAGCCAGCUCUGGGGUGAUGGGGAUGGGACCCCUGUGGGAUGCUUGAUGAACAUGGUUACAUUGCCUCUCCUCAGAGGGGCAGGGAAGCUCUGCUCUGGGAUGUCUUUCAUGUGAAGGCACGGAGAUGCUUCCCUAGUGUCCCAAAACAAGCAGGAUGGCUCCCCCCUGCAGAGCUCCAGGAGCAAGAAGCCCUUUUGUUGCCAAUUGUAGGGCUGUGUCCCAUGUUUCAUAUGUGCUGGGAGCAAACAAGGACACAGCUGUGUGCCCCCCAAACUCUCCAAUCUGAUGUGCUGAGUAGGAGGCUCAGAAUGGUUCCCACCUCUCUCAUCCACACAGCUGAGGCCAUGUCUGACCUUUUCUGCCAACUUAGCUGGUCCAUGCAGUCAUGGAGAACACGAAACAUGGGCACUGCAUUGCAGCGGGCACCAGGCUUCCCAUAUGUUGGUGUCUAAGAUUUUGAGAGUGAAAAAAAGAAAAAAUAGCCCUAGACUUCCCCUUGUAACAAUUCUGCAGCAGUAUUGGAUGGAAGUGA